AUGAACCUCAGCUUGACCUUUGUCUUGCUUCUGCUCCUGAGUCUUCACACUUGCACAGCCAUGGGAGGCAGAGCCCAGCGCAGACAGAGACAAGCUGAGGAGAGACUGAGACCGUAUAUUGGCAGAGUAGAGCCAGAAAAGCUUUGUGAGCUGCUGAAAUGCCAUAGUCCAGUGGGAUCUUGGUGCCAGGUAGUUCAGGAAAAUGGAGUCAGCGUCCCCAGAUGUGUUUGUCCCCAGUCCUGUCCACGGCAGAGGGCACCAGUGUGCAGUGUUCUUGGAAAGACCUAUGGCAGUGAGUGUUUGCUGCAUAAAGAAGCCUGCAGAAAGAGACGCCGCACAGGACUGGCUCACACAGGACGCUGUCUGGUCCCCAAGGCUAAAUGCACUGAGGAGGAGUUAAGCCAGUUUCCAUAUCGUCUGCUGGACUGGUUUCUGCUCCUGAGUCGUAUGGGGGAGUCUUACGCACCUGCUGCCCCGCCCCAGAGCUGCCUUAGCCAUGCCAAGAGGACACAACUAGCACAGCAAAGAUUUACAGAACUGGACAAGAACAAAGAUGGCAAGUUGAGCCGCAGGGACCUGAGGAAGCUGCGUUACAAGAAGAUGCCAAUGGAGCACUGUGCUACGCCAUUCUUUCAGUCAUGUGACAGUAACAGUAACAGGAAGGUGACCCUACGAGAGUGGACAACCUGUCUGGUGGAUCGCUCCGAGGACUGGUUCUACCAUUUCAUGUCAAUGAGAAUGGGUUCCCGUAAGCUGUGUCCUACAGUCAAGGAGUACAUUUGACAUGAAAACAGCCAUGAACUCCUGCAUCUCUUUUGUACUGUAAAAAAUUCACUGAAGACAACAUCACCACAGCUGAUUUAAAAGCAGGAUGGCAUCUACACACACUGCUCACUCUUUCAAUCUGUUUCACUAUGUAUUGCAGCUUGUAAUAUAAUGAUUUAUCACAUCAUCAAAUCUGAGAGUCUGCUGCUUGUCUGUUCAUUCAUGUGUUCUCAAUGGGACAAAUAAAUUGAAGGACUGACCGCUGUUAUUGUUAAUUAUAUUAGCUGACAUUUGUAUAUUUGUGUUGUAAAAGAGCAAAGACAACAUUAAGUACCAAAUUACAUAGCAUGCUUCCAAUAACCAAUUUAAAAGGGAGGAUGACAGCAGUGCAGACAGACAGUAUGGCAUGGAGAAUAACAAACUAGAUGGGAAAUACAGAUAAGGGUAAAACAAAUGCUUAGUAUGGGAUGACGUGCCCAGAGAAGAGACAAAGAGAUUAUAAAGGGGGUGAAGGGGAGAAGGAAAGGGAAAGUGUCAUAAUGCACUGGAGGAGAGUGAGGGAGAGAAGGAAUGAGGGAAGCAAAGUGACUGACUGAAGGAGAGAGAAGUAUAAAGUGUGUUUGUGAAAGAUGGGAGGAGGUAAUGCACUGUAAAUGGGAGUUGAGAGUAAUGGAGUAAUGCAUAAAAAAUGGAUCAGAAAUGAGGGAAAGACUGAGAAUGGAGCAUGAGAGGGGGAAGGGAUAGCAGAGAAACUGGGAGGAACUGAGGAGAGACGGAAAUACCAGAAAAAAAGGUUUAGUGGGCUGCAAAACAUUUCUUUUACAGCCGACUCAGUAAACAGCAUCUCCGAUCAUGAUGUAGAAUAUCUGAAACAUUUGAACUCUGUCAAGGUCAAAAAACUUGCAUAAUGCAAGCUGCAUGCUGACUUUUUGUACGUUUGCCCCAUCUAUAAUACAUGCUGCUCUGAAAA